AUGACGCCCGAGGAACGAGAGCAGUUCCUGGGUUCGCCCGCCCUCAUGCCGCCGAAUGGCAUACAGUCGAAUUUUGUGGACCCGCCAAACGCGAGAAGCCAAGGUUCUGCAACAGCUCAGCUUUUACUUGCCACAGUAUUCGUGUGGAUGCGGGUGUUUACAAAGGCCAGAGUCAUCCGGAAAGUGCUGGUCGAGGAUUACGGCAUAUUGAUUAAGAUGCUUCAGGUGCUCUACGCCGGAGCGUUUCACCCUAUCGUCUUCCUCUUGGGAGCAUUACCGCUUGGCGUCCAUCAAUGGAACAUGACGAUUCGACACAUGAUUAAACACACCUACUACUACUUCUUCGCAGUCAUCACCUACUCUCUCGUUAUGAUCCCACUCAAGGCCGCACUCGUCCUACAAAUCUUGCGUAUCUUUAUUCCCGCCCACGCGCACCGCACGCCGCUUUUCUGGCUCGUCCAUUUCUUCCUAUGGGUGAACGUCCUCUUCUACAGCACUAUUAUCAUCUACCAGCUGUGUGCUUGCCAACCGAUGGCGAGGCUCUGGGAUGUCACCAUCACAGAAGGCCAUUGCUCGAGCCACAUGCUCGUGCAUAUCAUCUCGGCUGCGAUCAAUACAGCAAGCGAUAUUGUGUUGUUCGUCCUCCCUCAACCGGCGAUUUGGAGGCUGACGCUGGAAAGAACGAAGAGGCUGGCAUUGAGCGCGGUCUUCUUGGUCGCCGUGAUCGCCUGUGUUGCGUCAGCCUUUCGACUCCGUUACGCCAUCGCCUUGUACCGAUCAUCCGACAUUACGUACCAAGCUGCGUUGAUGGGGAAGUGGGCGGACCCGGAGCUCACGUGUGGGUUCCUAGCUGCUUGCCUACCUGUCCUGCCUAGCUUCGUCCGGCAUGUGAGGAGUCGACGAUUAUUUGUCAGGACGAUGGCGAUGCUAGGGUUGCGACGAGCUCAGCUGCCGUCGACGCCUACAUGGCCCAGUUCGGGUGGGAGUACGCGGAAGAAAGGUGGGCCGGUAACAGAUAUCGAGUUCGACGAGCUUGUACGGAGGCCGGAUGGUGCGAGUGCGAGGAGUAGUUUGGGUGAUCGGAUGGAGGGGUCGUGGGAGAAUCUGGAGGACGUUCAAGUGCCGAAGAGCUGUAUAGAUGGGGAAAGCACGAGGGGGGUGUUCGCCGCCUCCUGA